AUGGAUCCCACAGCGGUUAUGCAGGAUGGCGCUGACCUGUCCCUUCUGCAGGGUGACCCAUCUGACCAAGCAGGGUCUGUACCGGCUGACCAGGAUGGUGCUGGAGAUUCUUUUUACAUUAUUGCAACUGAGAAUUUGCACUGUAUCAAUUGCAAGAAGAAUCAGAUAGGCUGGAGUGAUGCCAUAUUGGACCAGCUUGAUCCGGCUACCAGGUCUUCGUUUCCGGUACAGAUGAUGUACCAUAGCGCAUGUGACAAUCGUGUCAUAUACUUGUUGCGCCAGAGAGGCUUAGGUAACAGUGCUACUCAGCUGCAGAAGCAGAUCACCGAGCUGCACAAUUUACGUUGGACAAAGCAACAACUGCAGUACAUGAGCGACUGUGCUUUGUACCGCAAGUCUGUGCAGUCUAAGGUAAUUUUGACAACAACUUUCAAAGAGCCGCCCCCACACUACCCAUUACCAACAUAGCAGUGGUUUCUUCGUGUUUAUCAGCAGGAGGUUUUAUCUCGGUCGGAAGAGGUCAAGGCGGCAGUAACAUCCAUCUU